GGGGCGGGGCUGCACUGAGGAGCUGAGACGGCCGCGGCUGCUAGUCCUGGCUGGCCGGGCAGGGGUCUGGCGAUGGGGGCGGGAAGAACAACGGGCCGGUGAGCGCCGCGGCCGCCGUCCCCGCCGAGCUCGCGCGGGCAGCCGCUGCGCCCUCGCUGCCGCCCGACCCCCUGAGAAGAGAACGUUGAAGCAGCCCUCCACCAGCGGCCGCGGUGACAGCCCGGCUUCGGCGCGAUGAACCGCGGUGGCAGCAGCGCGUCGGCCUCGGCCAACUACCUGCUCUGCACCAACUGCCGGAAAGUGCUGCGGAAGGACAAAAGAAUCAGAGUGUCUCAACCCCUGACAAGAGGACCAAGUGCCUUUAUUCCAGAGAAGGAAGUUGUCCAAGCAAACACAGCGGAUGAACGAACCAACUUUCUUGUGGAAGAGUACUCUACAUCCGGUCGCCUGGACAACAUCACACAGGUGAUGAGUUUGCACACUCAGUACCUGGAGUCUUUCUUGCGGAGCCAGUUCUACAUGCUGCGUAUGGAUGGCCCCCUACCCCUCCCAGACAGGCACUACAUUGCCAUCAUGGCCGCAGCCAGACACCAGUGUUCCUACCUAAUAAACAUGCAUGUGGAUGAAUUUUUAAAGACCGGAGGGAUUGCUGAGUGGCUCAAUGGCUUGGAAUAUGUACCACAAAGACUGAGAAAUCUUAAUGAAAUUAACAAGCUGCUGGCACACCGGCCCUGGCUGAUCACGAAAGAGCACAUUCAGAAACUUGUCAAAACUGGAGAAAAUAAUUGGUCCCUGCCUGAGCUAGUGCAUGCCGUGGUCCUCCUGGCUCACUACCACGCUCUGGCCAGCUUUGUUUUCGGUAGUGGCAUCAAUCCAGAGAGAGACCCAGGAAUCGCCAAUGGGUUCAGACUAAUCUCUGUGAGCAGCUUCUGUGUGUGUGACCUGGCCAAUGACAACAGCAUCGAAAACGCCUCCCUGGCGGGCAGCAACUUUGGGAUUGUGGAUUCUCUAGGUGAGCUAGAAGCCUUAAUGGAAAGGAUGAAAAGGCUUCAGGAAGACAGGGAAGAUGAAGAGACCACUCAGGAAGAAAUGACCACGCGUUUUGAGAAGGAAAAGAAAGAAAGUCUCUUUGUGGUCCCUGGAGAAACUUUCCAUUCGUUUCCUCACUCAGAUUUUGAAGAUGACAUGAUCAUAACAGCCGAUGUCUCUCGAUACAUCGAAGACCCGGGCUUCGGGUAUGAAGACUUCGCCAGGCGAGGAGAAGAACAUCUGCCAACAUUCCGAGCCCAGGACUACACCUGGGAAAAUCAUGGGUUCUCACUGGUGAACAGGCUUUACUCUGACAUUGGACAUCUCCUGGAUGAGAAGUUUCGAAUGGUCUACAAUCUCACCUACAACACAAUGGCCACCCAUGAGGAUGUUGACACAACCACACUGCGCAGAGCUCUGUUUAACUAUGUUCACUGUAUGUUUGGAAUCAGGUAUGAUGACUAUGACUAUGGAGAAGUUAACCAGCUACUCGAGCGGAGCCUGAAGGUUUACAUCAAGACAGUGACCUGCUACCCUGAGAGAACCACGAAGCGCAUGUAUGACAGCUACUGGCGACAGUUCACUCACUCAGAGAAGGUCCACGUGAAUCUGCUUCUGAUGGAAGCGCGGAUGCAGGCUGAGCUGCUUUAUGCUCUGCGAGCCAUAACUCGGCACCUGACCUGAAGCCCCUGCAGGAAGGUGUCAGCAUGCAUCAAGGCCUCUCACCCAGGACUCCCAUCAGAACUUGUUUGUGACACACCUCAGCAGUUACUCGGUUCUCUAGUGUCAAAGUAUAGCUAUUGGGGUUGUUGUUGUUGUUUUUGAUUUUAUUUUUGUUUUGUUCUUGUUGUUAGGGUUGCUUUGUUUUUUGUUUUUUUUGUUUUUUUUUUUUUUUCCUGGCUGUCAUGUGCAAUGGUGUGUUUUAUAUUUCUCGAUGCUUAACAUUGCUAACGAUUGCGAAAGUAACCCUGACGAGUACUAGUUAGAGUUGGAUUUUCAGAUCUGACCAUAAAUCAUGAACUGGUUUGUUACUGCUUCACUUCAAUACUUUGAAGUUCAUAUGUAUAUGUAUUAUUUUUCUUUACUUAAAAAAAUAAGGAAAAGUGCUUACAAUCCGCUCAAGCAGUUGUUUUUCAGAUAUCAACAUUCAGCAAAGAAUGGUGUCCUUUCCCGCUCUAAAAUCCCACACAUGUCCUGAGUCUGGGGAAAAGCAUGUGUGGCCCAGCCAAGCUCCUCCGGCAUGCCUAUGUCCCCAGGAGACCGUCAGGCACUGUUCUGGUUUAGUUUAUCUGACUUUCUUACACUGCUAUUGGCAAUAACGUGAAAUGUGAUACAGACAUCGUCCAUAAUUUAAUGUGAAAUUAAUUAUGAUGAAUUCUAUAGCAUGCUACUGAAUGCCAAGUUCAGCUACUUCGUCUUCUAAAGCAGAGGACCUGUCGUCCCACUUGGCUGUCUGUGUGGCAGUGGGCUGAGGCACAGUCCCGAGCCCUGGGCUGUGGCUCUCUGUCCCCUCUAGUAGCUGGUGCCCACAGUGCUGCUUACAGCUCCCACACUUGGUACACAAGCUCACACCUGCAACUCCAACCAAAUGUUUCUUUGCACAUUCUCCUUUUCUUAGAGUUAAGGAUGGUUACUUAAUAGACCCCUAAUUCUUCCUGUUACACUUUUUGAAAUUAUUUUACUUGAUUUUCUCUUAUAAUAGCUUAAGUAAUUUGUUAUUCAAAGGUAAAAAUUGUGUUUCUGUGCAUUAAUGUGAUCGAGCAACAACAAAACAGUGCAAUGUUUUUUAGAAAUCAGCUUAGCUUCCCCUAUCAUGUCACUGCAGAAGUGUCCUUUUAAACAGAGCCUUAAAGAAAUGACCUUCACAUUUCUUUACUGUGCCAGGUGUUUUUCAGUUUUACCUUGCUGGGGCUGAACAGUGGUUUCACCAUGCCAAAGCAUUCUUUCCCCAGAAAAAUUUGCUUGGGCGACUAGGUUAAAACAAAGCAAAAUAAAACAAAAACAGCAUUGUCAUAGAGGAGAAAAAAAGCAGCCAAAAUCUCACAGUUUUGCAUUAAUUUAUGUUGUUUGAUUAGACUAUCUUCAGAGAGCACAACCUUCUGUGUGUCUAUAGCUUUAAUUUGCAUUAUGUUAAUGAGCCAGUGAAGUGCCUAGAGGGCGGCCCCAGCGCCCGAGGACUCGCUGAGCACCUUUGCCUGAGGAGAGGUGACUCACAUUCUUCACAUCCAUGCUAUCUAGACUGUCCCUGUCUGUCACAGGAAGUCAUCCAGGGAGCUUCCACAGAGAGCUCAUUUGGGGUUCCCUUGUUCUGUGGGUGAUGUCUCUUAUGAAAGGCCUGUGGGCCAGGUUCUAUUAGGCCCCUUCUGUGUGCCACGUUUUUCUGGAUGUUAGCUCCUUUUCCUUGAGAUUUUUGUUCUAGAGAGGAAAACAAAGAUGGCUGUAGACCUGUCAGCAUAGGUAGUUUUAGACUUCAGGAUCUUGUUUAAAAUCCUCCAUGUGAGAAAAAGUUUUUGAAAGCAGGGUGGUUUCUUUAAAGAGACUCUUGAGAGAACCUGUGCUGGGUUUCCUGCCUUGUGUGGGUGUGUGGCCUGUGUGCUCCCCUUUAGAUCCUCUGAACUACAAGGAGGUGCUCAGAAGGCUGGCGAAGCACAGGGGGCUCCCACGCUAAGGCUUUCAUUUAGUAUAGAGUUUAUUGUUGCUUUUUAAAAGUAAGUGUUAGAAACAGUUUCGCUUCAUAGCCCCAUAUUUUGUGCAGAUGAACUGAAUAGCUGACGGAAAUAGUUUUUAUGUACUGACUAAGGAGGAAUUCUCACAGAACCCUGAAUAAGCUCUAGACCAAAAGAGAAAACAAGGGUUAAGUACAGCGACCACUUACUUUUUGGGUUUGGUUUUGUGUUGCCCCAGAAAUGUCAGUAGAGAUUGGUCUGUGGAAAUCAUUAGUGCCUUCAGUAGAUUUCUCUCCUAGAAAAGCUUCUGUUUAGUUUCAGGGCCAGUCAAUAAUCAGGAGAAUAAGUGCAUAAAAACACAGCAAUGUAUUUAUGAACCUCAGUGAACCAGCCUCAAAAAGUUGAUUUGUGAAGGCAGCCCCACCUCCAUGUGUCAGCAGAUACAGCAUUCCCAUUGUGCAUGCUGUUGUGAGAAUUUGCUGUCAACCCUCUUUAUCCAGUGCAAACUUGAAAUUCUGAUGCGGUUUUCCAGGGUGGCAUUUUUUUUUCAGAGUAUUGGAUUUACGAUGUAGUAAUUUAUAGUGUAGCUUUUUAUACAUAAAUGUGAUAUUUUUAAAAGGAGCUCCCGGACUCAGUCGGUAUACUAACAGAGCCUCUUAUAAGCUGAGCUGCACUCGGGCUCACACUGUGCCAAACAUAAGCGUGCAAGUGUGUGUGAAAAGCACGUCUGAUUGUGAAGCCCUCAACUCCCUGCUCCUUGUGUUAAAAUCAGCCUGAAACCCAUGAUGGUCAGUGGUUUGGGUGGUUCAGUCUGGAAUUUCACAUUUGCCAGCACCUAUGCUGAUUCCUGAUUUCUCAGAUCACUAUCAAAAACAUCAAGGAAGUCAGACUUGGUGGCACAUACCUGUAAUCCCAGUACUUGGAAGCCUGAGGCAAGAAGAUGGUGGUUUUAAGGCCAACCUGGGCUACAUAGUAAGUUCAAGGCCAGCCUGAGCUACAUAGUGAUACCGUGUUUCAAAAACUAAAAAAGAAGAGAGAAAGAAAUAUGUAAGUACCCUUACAUGUGAAAGUGGGCGUGCCCACUUGUCUGUGGAGUGGUCAGACUGCCCCGGGCUGCAGAGAGGUGGUUUCUCAGGCCAGGUUUCCUCAGGCAGACUCGUGAUACUCAGAGGGGAAAAGGCUUUUGAGACGAGACUACUUUUAAAAAUAUUCCUGUCUCAGUCCCAGGAAUGCUCUGCCAGCCCUUAGGGGUUCUGUGAGUCAGAGGGUAGCUAACACAGAGUCUUGGCCUUUUGAACCAGUUUUAAAACCAAUAAUAGCACAGCUGUACAGGGCUAUUUUUAAAAGAGAAAACGCAAGUAAGAUUUAUAUAAAGGUCAUGUAAAAUUUGAACCAGAGCCCUAUUUUGUUUGUGUUACAUCUCUUAAAGAUUUUAAUAACUCUAAGAUCUAAUGGAUAUCAUCCAGGGAAACACUUCCUCCCCCACCUCAGAAGGUUUCACUAAUCUAAAAUCUUAGACUUUUAUGCCACACCAAAGUAAAUUUAUGAGUAAACAGUUAUAGAUUAUUACUCAAAAGUCAUCACUUCCUGUGGCAAGUGCAUGCCUAUAUGAUAGUAAGGCUUCUUUGAACUCAAAGACAAGGAAAAGAAAACAAAUCCAUGUGUACCAUAGAAAUGCUGUGUGCCGCAACAGGCCAAUGAGGUUUUUACUUUGUGUUGUAUUUUAAGGACAACUCUAAAUCACCGCUCUCGAUCUCUGUGAAAAGGAUCCUGCAAGAUGAUCCAAACAAGCAUUCUUAGUGGUCCCUCACCAGCAAGCAGAAAGGCAACGCCUCUGUGGGGAAAGCACUGUAAGCUAUGUGCCCAUGCAACAGGAACCAAUUCUGGGUGCCUGUCACUCUGCACUGCUCUCUGUGGAGGCUCAGAUGCAGACUCAAAGCAGGCCUUUACACGAAUGUAUCCUGUCAGUCCACAGAGCUUUGAUCCCAUGCAUCUCUCCACAGCUUAGCUCACCCCUAAUUUAACCCAGUCAAAAACAGCACCUGCUUAGGUAAGGCCAGGAACAGAAAAGGCCGGUGUGAAGGGGCCUGGAGCAGAGGUGCAUCCAGGGAGGGUGAGGAAGACUUGGAACCCAGGGCCAAGCUCUGGCUGUCCUUGGCAAGUGCGUCUGCUAUGAAGGUGGAAGCGCCUCUGACCUGCACCCACCCUGCCCUGCUUCCUCUUCUCCAAGUGCCUCAGCCACUGCUCCCUCUCCUCCUUCCUCGCCGCCAGCCUGGGUCUUACUGCCUGUCACCUGCCUGUCACCCUUGCCCAUCACCAGCCUCCUGCUCAUCGUCACGAGUAUGGUGUGUCUUUUUCUGAGUACAGUUCCCUCAUCAUUAAAAACAUGUCUUUCCUCAACUCCCUCCAAGUCUCUCCACCGUCCGUCUCUGUUAGCAGAUAUAUCACUGCAUCAAAUGUGUCCUGCUCACCCCUGCUGUUUAUACCAUCUUCCCAGCUGCCAAAAAAUAUCUUGCUGUCCUCUACCUCAUCCCCAAAGAGCCUAUAAACUCAGAGUGCCCAGCCUUCUCAUGGGUUCAUUCUCUGCUGUUAAGUAAUAAUCAUCCCUAUUUUAAAUAAAUCAUAAAACCUUUGCCUUCUGUCUAUCAAAGUAGAAACCUUUAUAUUUAUACAUGAUACAGAAAUUGAACUAUUUCUACCAUGCAGAAUUUAACAUUUAGCAGGAACUCAGAGUGAGUGAAUUGCUAGCCUAACUUGGUCUUUAUUAGAUGGUAUAUACUGGUGAUAGAUCCAGUCGCUUGAAUGUAGAGUUUAAAUUCCCCGACACUCCAGAUUAACCUAUAACUCUUCAGUGGGACAGGAGAUUCCUGGCAGAUAAGUGAGGUAGUGUUUUAGACAACAGUUUCAUUGGUGGUGUUUGGGCCUUAAAACACAUUUCUCAUAGAGGACAUCUAGUGAAAGGUGUUUAGAAGGUCAGAUUGGAUCAUAUUAGCCUAUUUGAUGUAUAAUGUGGAUAAAAAUCCCCCCCAAAAAACUGGAUACAUCUGAAUUUGACUUGAUUAACUCAAACCCUCCCUAUCCCCAAUGGGAGAAAACUUACCUUGUGUUAACUUGCGUCUCAAUUUCCCCCAGCUGUUCUUUGUGUACGUCAGAUAGUGUCAUGAAGAAAGAGAAAAUUAUACUGAGUCAGGAAUGCAGUUCCUCCCCUUCAGCCAGGCUCCUAAUAGGAGAUACAGAUUCACAUGUAGAUGGCUGGCUGCCCUGCCCUGUGUGGGAGUGCAGAUCUGAGAUCUCAGUGAUCUUCAGAUGUGUCCAUCGCAGGCAUGAGCACCCCAACCUGACAAUGCCCAACUAAUGCACUUAAAGAACCAAGAGUGAGGCAGGGGCCUAGUUGGGCUGUGGAUUGGCCACUGAAAGGGACUCACCAGGAGGUGUUCAUUUAGCUUUCACUCAAUUAGUACUGUACCACCGUGAAGGCCAGACGUGAAAGGGUAAAUAAAGGCAUGUCUGCUUCUGAAUGCGCGUGGAAAGCCGAGAGCUGACCCAGCCUGUGCUGUAAAGUAGCUAUAGAACAAACAUCCCACUUUAUGGUUCAUAGGACCCCAAACAUUACAAAUGGAAAUAUGACAAAUAUAAUUUUGGUAUGUAAAAUUUUGCUAAAAUUGUCUAUUUCUUACUCAAAGUAACCUCUUAAGAUGAAUGUAUCAUUUUUACAGAAAGAAUGUUAGAGAGAGUCUAUGGUCUUUAAUAUUAACAUGUUGCUUACAGGUACCACUGAGUUAAAUGUGCACACUAUAUCCAGAAGAAACCCAGUCUCUUAAUUGAUCUUUACAAACUUUAACUGGCUCUCCCGGUCUAUAAAAGGACAAAAGGUAGAAUGAAGGAAAUGUAUCAGCUGGGUGGCUGAGGCCUUUUCCUUUAUAAAGCAGAGACCAUCUCUUUCCUGAGUUUAAUGGUACCCUGACCACCAAGGAUGGUGAUCUGGAUGACUUUACAGAUAGUGCAGACAUUUUGUUGGCAUUUGGAUGUCUCUGCAGGGGAGGAAGUAUGACUUUUCCUUCCUCUUUCUCUUCACACUUACUCUUUUUACCCAAAACAAGAUGGACAUUGGAAGCAAACCCCAGGCCACUUGGGCAUCUCCUCUAUACUCAUUGAAUAGGCAUGCGCACAGUCUGCUCAAGGUAACAGAGAACCCUGGAGGUCACCAUGGAAACAUGGCCUUGCCACGUGGCUUAGCUCCUGAAACCUGAAAGAAACAUUCCUCAUCGUGGAAGAACUGGAUGUAGCUUUUAACUUAUGAAAUAGGAGUUGGACUUGAAAGCCCUUCUGAAUCCUGAUUGUGCAGGGCAGUUCAUACUGGAUGCACAUGUGAAGACUGUGGCUGAACUGCACCAGUCAGACGCCAGCGUCAUGACUUUCCUUGUCGACGUCGUCUCCUGAAGUCGUGAGUGAUGGAUGCAGCAUGCUGUGAAGCACCUGUUCUAGUUCUUAACUCAUCAGUAUUAAUGCAGAGUUACCCUUGCGUUCCUUGGUACUUUAUAUCCAAUGUAAUCAGAAGCUGUGAUGUAUCCCUUCCUAGUCCCAUGCUUUGUUGCUGUAAAUUUCCUUAUGAAGCACGUGACUUUGGACUCAUGUAAGGUGGAUGAUCUUGAAGACUGCUACACACAUACACACACACACACACACACACACACACACACACACACACACACACACACCAGUCUCUUAUUGUGUAUGGUUUUAAGUUAGGAUAAGCUUUUCUCCAGUAGACUAUCGCUGCAGGGUCCACAAGUUCACUGUCAGGUGGCAGCCUCCUUUGUAUAGGGUCAGCUCUGAAAAUAGGAAGCUUUAUCAACAGCCACUUCACCCUUGCUCUAGCGAAGCAGACCCUGCUGUAAAUGUAGGCUAUGGUGGUUACCCGUAAUGCCCUUCACAUGCAUCAGCAGUUAUGAAGAUGUCAGAACCCACGAGAGCUUCUUGUAUGUCUAAGUAGGCUUGAUCCUUGUUGUUAUGUUGCUGGUUUGGCAGUUUGACUAAAGCUGACCCAGAUGGGCCGGCUCGCGUACUACUCCAGUGGUUUGAUGCCUCUUCUUGCUCUGCUGCUGUCGUUUUGUUUUUUGAGGGAUGGGUAAUAUUAUUUGAACAGAUAAAGAAGGAACUGUUAGUGAAUCAAGACAAACACACCUGAAAUAAAGGAGCUGUGUAUUAACCUGUUAACAAUUCAUAACUGCACUUUCUAUGACAUUUUGAAAAUCUAUUUAUAGGUACAGAACAAUGGGUUUUGUUAAACUGUAUCACGUUUAUACCUGCAGAAUUUAUUUCAUUGUUAUUAGUAGGAAUUUUAUUGGUUCAAUAAAAUUGGCAAAACUGA